GUAGACUCAUGGCAUCAUGAUCGGACACCAUGUUACUGAGCACGCACGCCAGAAGAUUCUCAAGGAAAUUGCAAUCCGCGCCCAAAAGCAUGUUUUGGACAUGACCUACAAUUGGCGUCAGCAAGUGCCUAUCCUGCCCGAGAUCCGCACGCACAUUGAGAGCAUCCUCGCCAGGUUUAAGCACACGAGAACCCAUGCAAAACCCGUUCUUCUUCCAGCAAAGGCAAUUACUUCACCGCGCGAGACUGUUGAAGUACAGCCCUGCCUGGUCAUCUGCCCAUCUGAUAUCAUCACUCUAGUCAACACUCUAUUUCCAGAGCGCCGCCCACAGUCGAGCCAUAUGGAAAAAGAGAGUCAGCGACGUACGGGACUCGCUUCGUCCGCUUCGUCAAUGUCUGGGAUAUCUAUGCCCUUCCGCACGAAUGCUGCAUCUGCAGGAGAUGCAAGCUCAAUUCUGAGUGCAAGUGCUUCUUCCAUGACUAGCGAUACUACCUCCAGGGAACCAUUACUGGAAAAGGAUGUACCGCUCGAUCGCCAUGGUAUGACCAUGGAUGAGAGCCACUCGGAGCCCAGAAUCGCACCCACAGAGCUUUAUGGAAGACGUCUGAGAAUGGCGUGCUCCGAGAUGAGCCGAAUGCUAGGACUAGAUGACACUUCCGGUUCUUGUCAUCCCUGUGCUGAGCGCUGGGCGGUGUUGUACAUUUCGCCUGAUGGGAAGCAACUCAAGCCACGCAUGCGGAAAGACAGCGACGAUGAGGAGGAACACGACGAGGAUUCCCCUGACAGCGACAGUAGCGAUGACGACGGUUCAUCCGAUGGUCUCGAUCUUCAAAAUGAUUACCAUCAGUUGAAAGAGGCUAUUAGCAAGUUGGUCGAAGAGUACGAAAUACCAAAGGAGCUAGCACCUGACAGCGAGUCCAAAAGCUUCAGUAACCGCACAUCGACCCACAGAAAGGGCGUAAGGAGUGGUGGCCCUGUCCGCACUCAAAGUGAAACCUUCGGGUCUCGCAACCCUUAUAACAAUCAGAGCCAAAGCCAGCUCAGUAAUAUGAUUGCAAACCAAAGAAACCCACCCAGUCGCCAUCGAUCGCCCAGGAACAACAGCACUCAAGCCUCCGAGAAGCAGGAAAACAAUUCGGUUCUCGUCACUAUGCUCGAGACGGCUAUGCAUCAAUGUCAAGCUCGAUCCGACUACGUCAAUGCACACCUUUACUUCAAGACCUUACAAAUUCUCCAACGACUCACUUCGCCCUCGUUGACCAAAAAUGGGUACGCAGCUCUUCUCAACUACUUCUCUCGUGGACCGCGCGACUCGUUGGGCAAAUCCGCAAACGCAAUUGAAGAAUUUGAGGCCUGGUUCGUAUGGUUGAAGCAAUCCCAGGAAAGACACGAUGCUGCGAUCAAUGACAUGAUGAUUGACUUGAAAAACCUACGAGACAAGAUGUGGUACAUCACAGAUGUACGCAAUUCCGGUACCUACGAAGAUGCGAAGAAUGUUGCGCUUGCGCUCAAGAUUAUGGGCCAGCCAACCAAGUCUCUGGAUGGGAAGCCUCUCCCCUCUCAUCGACCAAGAAACUAUUCAAAGUCCACCACGAACAAUUUCUUGCUCAAAACAGAGGCACAGGUGUUUGACAUGAUGUCUGCUCCUCAGGAUUUUGGCGGUCCCAACAAGCUUUCCGACGAGCAAUCAGAUGUCACUGCGAAAUGGCUCAACCAAUUCGGUAUCGAGAAUUUCUGCAAGGGCGAGGAACGCAUUCACCGCUUCUGUCUCGAAAUCGACAAGUGCGUCAACAGAUUCGUUGGGGACAGUAUCAUGGACAGUCCUGUUCUUUGGUCCAGUGAACUGUACAAACGGGACAAGGAAGUUCUCGACAGCGGACGUCAAAAGGGAGACCUCUUCUUGACGGGAGUGGGCACACUUUCAAUCGCCGGCGAUGAAGAGUAUGAGACUCAAGGUCGACCAGGCUCCCGCAGCCUCGACUUCGCACAGCGCCCAAGCCAGAGCAGCCUUCGGUCUGUUUCACACCAGAAUACGUCGCAGCAGAGUUUUGACAACAGCCCGUGGGGAAGGACGUUCAACGAACAGCAUGAUUACUUUGGAGGAACAAGUCCCAUCUUAGCCAUCGACCCUACCGCGACGUUCUGGUCACCAUUCCAGACUCAGGCUCAAUCGCCAACCAACGCUACGAGUAUUCGCCCGCGAACGGCCUCAUCUUCCAAGGGAACUGUGAUGCUCAAACAGUCCAUCAGCGUCAACGAAGACAAACGUAGGUUUUUGUUGGACUUGAAGCAGACAUUAACCGGUCUUCUGCUGAGCGACUUGGGUACAAUCGUGUUCUCCAAUGGAAGUGAAACUGAUGCUUGGUUCAGUGGUGAUCUUCUCGAAGAUUGUAUCCAGCGCAGGCGAGAGGAGGACGAAGAGCGCAGACGCCGGAAACAACUCGCCCGCAAGAAGAGUAUGAAGAACGUACGGAAGCAGGGUCACGUGGAUCAUCGCAACAGCCCGUUGGAAACACUUGGUCGCACAGAAAGAGGACAGGCAGCUCCACCAAUUGCCACAUUCCAACAUGCUGCAGCUUCCGACACGCAUCAGUCUGCCGGCGAACACUCCUCCUCGAGUGAUGCCACCUCGAGAUCGUCUGGCACUGCUGCUGCAAAGAAAUCCGGUAUCCUGGAGUUUCCUUAUAAUGUCGCGUUCCGUCGUCUGCUAAGCAAGUUCGCUACGCAUCCUAAUCCGUACUCCAAACUCCACGCGCUUUACGAGCUUGAGCUGUUGAUUGUCGCAUCGUUGUCUUCUCGAUCCAGUCGUUCAUUCAACAACCACAACAACACGCUACCUCCUAUACCACAGUCUCCGACGCUGGGUGCUGUUCCAGAAUUCAGCUCCCGGGAACCGACUACCAACACGAUGCGCGCAAAGAACCUAGAAGAAGCAAUUGCAAACUGCGAAGAGCGUCGUUCACAUACUAUUAACCAAGAUCGCCCCAACAAUGCUUCGCCUCAGCCUAUGCGCAGCGGCGCUCGAUCUCCUGUUGGUCCACCAAGCACCGACAUGAUUGUGGAAGUCAUCCAGGGUCUUUUCCGAGAUGCUGGCAUCCGGCCUAAGACCCUGUUCAGGGACCUACAGUACAUUGCAUCAUUCGUACCUGCACAGAUGCUUGACAAAACAGCGCGUGGGAAAGCCUUCUGGGACACCGUGCUGGCUGCUCUCGGCCUCAAGCAAGAUGUGUGUCGGAUCAUGCUUGAGAUCGUGGACGAUAUUAUUGCAAAGAACUCUUCUCGCGGAGCUGUUGUCGAACGUGCGCCCGGUACGUCCGCAACUUCGGAUCAACUUUCCAGCGGUACGGGCGCAGAUCAGCCAUUACCAUCCCGCUACACACUCGCAGAUGCGGCACGCAUGCUUCUCAUCACAGCCAAAGAAGGUGACUAUGUUGCGGAGCGUGAACUCGCCAUCAUGUACCUCACAUCCCCCGAGCUCCUGCCUCGCACGAUCCUGCCUCUCACCAAGCCCAGAGACGUGUUCAAGACAGAGCUGUUGAACCGUGAGCGCAAGGCCAGCCAGGAUAGCACCAGGAGCGAUCCAUUGAUCAUGUGCAUUGCAACUCAUUGGAUGGAGCAGAGUGAAAAGGGCGGCGAUGUUCUAGCCAAACAGUACCUAAGGCAGCGAAGCGACUUGGAGAAUAUCCAGCAGAGAUAG